AUGAGAAACUAUUCAAUGCAUACAGAGUUCAUUCUUUUAGGUCUUACAGAUAACCCUAAAUUUCAGACUCUAAUUUUUCUCUUUCUAUUCUUCACCUAUAUGCUGAGUGUUACAGGAAACCUAACCAUCAUCAUUCUUACUCUAUCAGAUUCCCACCUUAAGACACCAAUGUAUUUCUUCUUACGAAAUUUUUCAUUUUUGGAAAUCUCAUUUACAACUGUAUGUAUUCCAAGGUUCUUGGUGAGUCUUGUGACAAAGGACAGAACUAUUUCCUACAUGAGUUGUAUGACUCAGUUAUUUUUUUUUAUCUUUUUAGGUGUAACUGAAUUUUACCUCCUAGCAGCUAUGUCCUAUGAUCGUUAUGUGGCUAUUUGUAAACCUUUACAUUAUACAACCAUCAUGAGCAACAAAGUUUGCUAUCAACUUGUGAUCAGCUCCUGGGUAACUGCUUUCCUGAUUAUUUUUCCUCCAGUAAUUAUGGGGCUCAAAUUGGAAUUCUGUGAUUCCAAUGUCAUCGAUCAUUUUAUUUGUGAUUCUUCUCCAAUACUGCAGAUAUCUUGCUCAGAUACACAUUUUCUAGAGUUAAUGUCCUUUUGCCUGGCUGUGGUGACUCUAAUGGUCACAUUGUUUUUAGUGAUUCUCUCCUAUGGUUAUAUCAUCAAGACAAUUCUUAAAUUUCCUUCUGCUCAGCAAAGGACAAAAGCUUUUUCGACCUGUUCUUCCCACAUGAUUGUGGUUUCCAUUUCUUAUGGUAGCUGCAUUUUCAUGUACAUAAAACCAUCAGCAAAUGAUAGAGUGACUUUAAGCAAAGGAGUGGCUGUGCUUAAUACCUCAGUUGCCCCCUUAUUAAAUCCCUUCAUCUAUAGUCUAAGGAACCAGCAAGUGAAACAGGCUUUUAAGAACAUGGUCCACAGAGUUUUCUUUACAUCAAACAAAUAA